AUGCUCCGUCGGAAGCCCCCCUGCCUCCUGGCCGUCGCGCUCCUGAGCGGCCUGGCCACCCUGCUGGUCCUGCGCCGCGGCCAGUGGCCCUCGACUCCUGCCGCCGUCGAUCCGGAGCGGCUGCUGCUGCAGAAGAGGUCUCCGGAGAGCCGUUCCCUCCGCCAGGCUUGCGAGGCGUUGACGAGCACGGGCAAAGCCUUCGUGUGGAGCGACCGGCCGGGGCCCUCCUGGAACGGCUCGGCCCCUUGCAGCCAGAUCUUGCUCGACGGCCGCUACCUGCCCCGCUCGCUCUCGGCCGAGGAAGCCGCCUUCCCCCUCGCCUUCGUCAUCGCCCUCCACAAAGACUUUGAGACGUUCGAGAGGGUCUUCCGGGCCCUCUACGCGCCCCACAACCUCUACUGCGUCCACGUGGACGAGAAGGCGUCGGCCGCCUUCAAGCUGCACGUGGGGCGGCUGCUGGACUGCUUCCCCAACGCCUUCCUGGCCUCCAAAGCCGAGCCCGUCGUCUAUGGCGGCGUCUCCCGCCUUCAGGCGGAUCUGAACUGCAUGCAGGACCUGCUGCGAUCCCAGGUCCGCUGGAAGUACCUGCUCAACAUGUGCGGCCAGGACUUCCCCUUGAGGACCAACUGGGAGAUGGUCCAGCACCUGAAAAAGUUUGGAGGGAAAAACAUCACCCCAGGCAUCUUGCCUCCUGGGCCCAUCACCCUCAGGACCAAACACGUCUACAAAGAGCACAUGAGCAAGGGGGCUUCCUACAUGAUCCGAAUGCGGGCCCUGAAACCACCCCCGCCCCACAACCUGACCAUCUAUUUUGGCUCGGCCUAUGUUGCCCUCACCAGGCCCUUUGUGGAGUUUCUCUUCCAAGACAGGCGGGCCCUGGAUUUGCUGGAGUGGUCCAAAGACACCUACAGCCCCGAUGAGCAUUUCUGGGUGACGCUCAAUAGGAUACCGGGUGUCCCUGGUUCCAUGCCAGAUGCUUCAUGGGAAGGUAACUUGCGAGCCAUUAAGUGGAGUGAUAUGACAAAACUUCACGGAGGGUGUCACGGCCAUUACGUCAGAAACAUUUGUAUCUACGGGACUGGAGACCUGAAGUGGCUGCUGAACUCCACAAGCCUGUUUGCUAAUAAAUUUGAACUCAGAACAUACCCGCCAACAAUGGAGUGCUUGGAACUAAUACUGCGGGAGAGAGCCCUCAACCAGAGUGAGGUACCAGUGGAACCGAGCUGGUACUUUUAGCCAAACCCUGGGGCUCCCUUAAAGCUGACGAGCAGAGACAAUAAUGGAGAGUCAACAUUCUGGAAGAACCAUUUUCCCCCUUGAAAACUUUGCAGUUUAAGGAUGUUCAAUACGGGUACAUUUUUUAAAAAAAACACUCUGAAAAUCUUUGCACUAAGGCUGGAAUAAAAACUCAAGGCGUUC